AUGUCUAGUUGUGGUGUGUGUAUGAAGUCUAUUGCAGGUAAUAAGCCUAAAGUAACGUGCAGCGUCUGCAAAACCGAUGUUCAUGCCGUGUGCUUGAAGUUUAGUAAAGCGGACGUAGACUGCAUUACCCAGGAUGGUAUGGUGUGGAGGUGUAAGAACUGUGCAGCUGAAAGACGGAAAAGUAUGCGGUUUGAGUUAGAGGCGGGUGAGGGCAGGUUAUCUCUUGAAGACGUUAUGAAGGUCGUCACAGAAAUAAGGGAUAGUCAAAAACAAUAUGAAAAAAGUUUUAAUACUGUCAUCGAAGCUGUGAAUUUGCAACUUGCAGAAAAUACAGAUGCAGUGAAGGCUCAGAGCAACGAGUGUAUUAAAAUGAGUAAUCUCAUAGAGGCCCUCACAACUGAAAAUGGCCAAUUAAAGAAAAAAGUAAAGGAGUUGGAAACUCGUCUGGAAGACAUUGAGCAAUACUCAAGAAGCAACUGCAUUGAGAUGCAAGGAAUUCCUCUGGAGCCUGCAGAAGAUGUGUUAAACAUUGUAAAAGACGUCGGAAGAGCCUUGGACCUUGAUAUCUCUGACACUAUGGUUGACGCAUGUCACAGGUUGGGCGUACAGAAAACUGGAGACAAGCCACCAGGGAUAAUAGUGAAGUUUGUGCGUCGCAUGGGCAAAGAGAGUUUUAUUCAGCGGAGGCGUGUGAAGACGACCCUGUCGACCCGCCACAUUGGCAGGAAGGACGAUCGCUCGAUCUAUGUCAAUGAGUCGCUGUCACCAGCUCGGAGGAGGAUACAUGCAUUGGCGAGGAGGUUUCAGCGUGAGAAGAACUGCAAAUUCCUCUGGAUCCGAAACGGGAAAAUCUUCAUGAGAAAAGAAGAUAAGGCGCCAGUCAAGAUCAUCUCGAGUGAGGAGGACUUACAACGGUAUCUGUAA